GGGAAAUCAGAAGUUGAGCGACCCUAUGCCGAUUCGGUUUAAGUACUGUGUUUUUGCUUAGACCGGGGUUGCGAAUGAUCGUGCAUUGACCGCACAGGUCACGCAAAAUAUAAAACAGAUAUUAUUCCUCCCAUCUGAGUCUGUUUGCGAAGGGGGAGGAAAUCAGAAAGCAGGAGACAUGUUUGCCGCAGACGAUGAAGACGGGGAUUUUCUGUCGCCUACCGGAGGGGCGAAGCUGGCCUCCCUCUUCGGGCUCGACCAGGCUGCGAGUCAGGGCAACGAGUCCUUCCAGUACACUGCCCCGAAACAGCCCAAAAAGAGCUCCGCCAACGCAGCCCCAGCAACCCAGAAGGCUGCCCCACCAUCUGGAGCUCCCACAGUCCUGUAUGCCACCGCUGUCCAUGCGUACCGAUACGUGAAUGGACAAUACCUGAAGCAAGGCAAGCUGGGAGCUGCGGUCCUGGGCAGCCACGCAAACCGAGAGUACAAGAUUCUAAUAUAUGCCAGCCAACAGAAGCAGGUCACUGCGGCCAGGAUCCACCCUGGGUUUCUCUUCACGGUUCAGCCCAGUAACUACUGCACUUUCUACGAUGACCAGCGGCAGAACUGGUCUGUGAUGUUUGAGUCGGAGAAGGCCGUGAUGGACUUCUGCAAAGAGGUGUGCGUGGCUAAGGGAAACAGCGCCCCCUCCCUGGACGUGGUGGUGGUGCAGGACCUGGUGCUGGGGGAGGGGCAGGCUGUAGAAAAUGGAGACACCCUGGAGGUGGCAUACACAGGAUGGCUUCUGCACAACCACAGCAUUGGACAGAUGUUUGACUCAAAUCUGAACAAAGAGAAGCUUCUGAGGGUGAAACUGGGGGCUGGAAAAGUGAUCAAGGGCUGGGAGGAGGGGAUGCAGGGAAUGAAGAAAGGGGGGAGAAGGCUGCUGAUGGUGCCCCCCAACCUGGGGUACGGGUCCCAGGGAGUCCCCAACCGCGUGCCUUCAGACAGUACGCUGAUAUUCGAGACAGAGAUUCGCCGGGUGAAGUUUGCGAAGGACAGUGGCUCGGAUCGCAUCAGCGGAGGGUCCCGGGACUCGGCGGCCUCCUCGCCGGCCCCCAGCGUGGAGAACCCGGGCCCCGACGCCUCCGCACAGCCCCCCACCGCUGUCCCUCCUAAACCAGGGGAUCUGCCAUUGCGAGCAAAGUCUAAUUCCCUGAGCGAACAGUUCAUUAACCCCGAUGCCACCAAGGCCAAGCUGAUCUCGCGCAUGGCCAAAAUGGGCCAGCCCAUGCUGCCCUUCCUGGCGGGGGCCGUGUCCUCCCAGCCAGACUCCAGCGACUCCGAGAUGGAGGACCCCAGUGUGUCCCGAUUGAGAGAGAACCCUGCCGCCCCCUCUCCCCAGCCUGUGCAGAUUUCAGCAGCCCCCCCGGUCUCUGCACAAGCUCCAUCAUACCCUCUUGCUGGGGUACCCGUGCCCUCUGCCGCCCUGCUCCCGGUCUCCAUGGCAACUGCCAACUCGCAAUCAGUCGUGCCAGGCUCCGCCCACGCCUUCCAGCCAUACUCGUACACACAGUCCAGCAUAGCUCCAGCCCAGCUGCAGCCUGUGGGACAGAUGUACCCCUCUCAGACCGUGUCGUAUCAGGGUGAUGUCACUUCCUUCUUGAUGACGGAGGCGCGGCAGCACAACACUGAAAUCAGACUGGCAGUGGGGAAGGUGGCCGACAAAGUGGACCAGCUGGCUUCAAAGGUGGAUGACCUUCAGAAACAGGGGGGCCUCUCUCUGGGCCUGUCAAACGUAUCCAUGGAGACUGCCAUGAUCAUGCACAACAUCCAGAGAAUCAUUCAGGAAAACGAAUGCCUAAAGAAGGAAGUGUUUGAAAAGAGCUCGCGAAUCGAGGAGCAGAACCGCAAGAUUGGAGAGCUGAUCAAUCAGAACCAGAGGUACAUGGAGCAGAGUAACCUGCUGAUGGAGCAGAGGAAUGACUCCCUGAAGUCCACCAGCGAGCACAACCAGACCCGCAUGCUGCAGGCGGAGCAGGACAAGCAUGCACUGCCACAGGACCUGGGGGGGGACCAGGUGCGGCUGACGGAGGAGCUGGCCUCGUCCACGGCACGCGUGUCGCAGCUGCAGCUGGAGGCCACGGCCCACCAGCAGAAGGCCAUGGAGCUGCAGGCCAAGCUGAGCGCCGCCCUGCAGGAGGGAGAGAGGCACUGCGCCCAGGCGUCCUCCCUGCAGACGCAGCUGGAAGAGCUGAAGGAGGGGGCGGAGCGGAAGCAGGCGCAGUACCGCGCGGAGAAGCAGAAGCGCAAAGAGACCGAGCUGAAGCUUAGCAACACGGAGGAGGAGCUGCAGGACCUGAGGACCGAGAAGGACAACCUGGAGCGCACGCUGGCGGACAGGAAGAGGAAGUGGCAGGCGGAGCGCGAGCGGUGUGACGAGGAGCUGGAGGAGGUGCGCAGGAGCAGCCAGCAGGAGCUGGACGCCCUGAGGGCCCAGCUGCGGCGGGCCAGAACUAGCACAGACCAGGCUGCGGCCGAGCAGCUGGCGCAGCUGCAGGCGGAGCUGGAGGCGGAGUGGAAGGGGAAGUGUGAGCAGGCUCUCUCUCAGGCCCGUGAGCAGCAGGCCCGGGAGCUGGCAGAGCUUUCUGAGCAGAGAGACACGCUGGAGCACAGGCUGGCACAGUUGCAAGAGAAGUUCUCUGCACUCAAGCAGUCCCGUGAUUCCGAGGAGCAGCGGUUACUAGAGCAACAGGAGCAGGGGGAGGAGCUUCAGGCCCUCAAAGAGAAGCAUGCAGCGCUGCAGGAGCGGGCAGCGGCAGUGAAGCAGCAGCUGGAGGCGCAUGUGGCGGAGCUGGAGAGACGGCUGGCGGAGCAGGAGCAGGCGGACACCGCUGGGGAGGUGAAGCGUGUGAUGAACGGAGUGUUCCACUCUCUGCGGGGGGAGUUCGACCUGCAGGAGACCUACACCGGCCAAGCUGUGCUUGGGGUUCUCGUCAACACCAUCAAGAACGUCACCCUGCAGCUGCUGACCCGGGCGGACCGGACACCCUCACAGAGGAGCGACACCGACGGGCAGGAGGAAGAGGAGGAGGAAGAUGAUAGCGCGAGAGCGAGGGAGGAGACGUCCCUUCCAGAAGCGCAGCAGAACGGCAAGGAAGAAGAGGAGGUCGAGAAGGAGGAGAGGACAUGCUCUGUGCGGGUGGUGGAGGAGGACAUGAGUGCGAAGGGGGGACACAACCACCAGCCAGAGCGAGAAGAGCUCAAACAGGAAGUAGCCACGGCUGAGGAGGAGGCAACGCAACAGGAAGUGAGAGCGGAGGCCAGCCAGGAGUCCGGACAGGAAGCGCCCGUCACAGGAGCAUCCCCCAGCUGUCCCGCGGAGGCCGCGGGAACGAACGGCGUGAAACCCGCAGGGAGCCCAACCCCCGACCCGGAAGCGGAAACAGAGACUGAGGCCGAGGCGAUGGAACAGGAGACGGACAGAGCGUCUGUGAAUGACGAUGGUCCCCUCAAGGACCUGGAGGUGACAGACACGGCUCCGGUGGGCCCCCCCACUGAGCCCCCGCCUCCACCCACCCCCCCACAGGAGAGCGCGGAGACGGCGAAGCCAGCCAGUUUGACUGAGGGAUUAGAAGGGGAAAAUGGAGAGGCGCCAUUUUUCCAGAAUGCAGCCCCAACCAAGCCCCCCCCGCCGCCUACCACCACCACCACCACCGAGGAGGAGGAGGAAGAGCUGAGCCUGAAGGGCAGGCCGCCCCCAGCCCCGCUCUUCGGUGACGACGACGACGACGACGACGACCUUGAUUGGCUGGGAUGA